AUCACAAACAACCCGAUCCUUGUGGAGUUUAAGACCUUCUGUGUUUUUUGUGUUUUCGCACUUCAGGAUUACAAUGAAUAUCCUUGUGAUUCCCCGUUUUGUAUGUAUGUAUGUAGUUCUUGGAGUAGCAUAUAGCAUCGGUGAUGAUGAUUCUACGAUUUCCAUAGCAACGCUAGCGCCUUCGGACCCAGGACGCCUGUUUUCUAGAGAAAGGGUAGCGCCCGCUAUGAGCAUUGCUGUUGAAAAAGUUGUGCAAAGGCAACUUCUACCAAAUAGAAAUUUAUCUAUCAAAUUUGCAGAUUCUAACUGCAACGUUGCAGAUGGCAUCAACGAAGCUAUUAAUUAUUACGUAAGAAAGGAAGUCGACGUUUUCUUUGGCCCCUGUUGCGAUUACGCCGCCGCCCCAGUUGCCAGGCAAAUACGUUAUUGGAAUAUUGCUAUGGUUACGCCCGGUGCUAUGGCACGUGAUUUUACCGUUAGUAAGAAAAGUAUGUUCAAUUUGAUGACCCGAGUUGGUCCUAAUUUCAGUUCACUUGUGAAUUUCUUAGUGAAAAUUUUACUUGUUUUUGAGUGGAGGAAAGUUUUGCUACUGUAUGACCCUGAAGGUCAGAGGAAUAUUUUUGACCGUUACUGUCACAUUGCUGCCGAUGGUAUGCAUUACGGAUUCAAAGUUCAACAGGAAAUUCCUAAUUUGGAGCAGAACUAUUUUAAGUUUGAUGACAUAGAUGACAUUUUAUCGGGAUUCCAGGCGAACGUGGGGACUGAAAAUGCAGUUAAUAACUAA